UGUCUGGACAUAAGAGAGCCAUCUUUUGCAAGCCCUGCUAAUAUCAGGAAUUGGGAGGAGUGAUGAUAUAGUGCUGCCGUUAUCUUCAACCGUUUGGGAGCACAAGACCUUUCAAACCACUGUAGAUAUGGAUAAAGAAGAGAGGAAGACUGUCAACCAAGGUCAAGAAGAUGAAAUGGAGAUUUAUGGUUAUAAUCUGAGUCGCUGGAAGCUUGCCAUAGUUUCUUUUGGAGUGAUUUGCACUGGCGGGUUUCUCUUACUCCUCCUCUACUGGAUGCCUGAGUGGCGGGUGAAAGCAACCUGUGUUAGAGCUGCAGUUAAAGACUGUGAAGUGGUGCUGCUGAGGACUACUGACGAAUUCAGAAUAUGGUUUUGUGCAAAAAUUCGCUUUCUCUCUUUGGAAACCUACCCAUUUUCCAUUCCAAAGUCUGUAGCUAAUAAGGUUCUGAAUGGCCAUGCAGUUCAUUUAAUCGAAAAUCCAGCUGAAGAGAACAGGCGUGAGAUGAAUAAAUAUUCACAGACUCAGUCAGAACAGAUUCGUUAUUUCACUCACCACAGUGUAAAAUAUUUCUGGAAUGAUGCAGUUCAAAAUUUUGACUUCUUAAAGGGACUGGAUGAAGGUGUUUCUUGUACGUCAAUUUAUGAAAAGCAUAGUGCAGGACUGACAAAGGGGAUGCAUGCCUACAGAAAAUUGCUUUAUGGAGUAAAUGAGAUUGCUGUGAAAGUGCCUUCUGUCUUUAAGCUUCUAAUUAAAGAGGUUCUCAACCCAUUUUACAUUUUCCAGCUGUUCAGUGUUAUACUGUGGUGCACUGAUGAAUACUAUUACUAUGCUCUAGCUAUUGUGAUUAUGUCUGUAGUAUCAAUUAUAAGCUCACUAUAUUCCAUUAGAAAGCAAUAUGUUAUGUUGCAUGACAUGGUGGCAACUCACAGUACUGUGAGAGUUUCAGUUUGUAGAGUAAAUGAAGAAAUAGAAGAGAUCUUUUCUACAGACCUUGUGCCAGGAGAUGUCGUGGUCAUUCCACUAAAUGGAACAGUUAUGCCUUGUGAUGCAGUGCUUAUUAAUGGUACUUGCAUUGUAAAUGAAAGCAUGUUAACAGGAGAAAGUGUUCCAGUGACAAAGACAAAUUUGCCAAAUCCUUCAGUGGACAUAAAAGGAAUGGGAGAUGAAUUAUACAGUCCGGAAACACAUAAGCGACACACUUUGUUUUGUGGGACGACUGUUAUUCAGACUCGUUUCUACACUGGAGAACUUGUCAAAGCCAUAGUAGUUAGGACAGGAUUUAGUACUUCUAAAGGACAACUUGUUCGUUCCAUAUUGUAUCCCAAACCCACUGAUUUUAAACUCUACAGAGAUGCCUACUUGUUUCUACUGUGUCUUGUAGCAGUGGCAGGAAUUGGGUUUAUCUACACAAUCAUCAAUAGCGUUUUAAAUGAGGUAGAAGUUGGGGUCAUAAUUAUUAAGUCUCUUGAUAUCAUUACAAUUACUGUGCCACCUGCACUUCCUGCUGCAAUGACCGCUGGUAUUGUGUAUGCUCAGAGAAGACUGAAAAAACUCGGCAUUUUCUGUAUCAGUCCCCAGAGGAUAAAUAUUUGUGGACAGCUGAAUCUUGUUUGUUUUGACAAGACUGGAACUCUUACUGAAGAUGGUUUAGAUCUUUGGGGGAUUCAACGAGUAGAAAGUACACGAUUUCUUUUGCCAGAAGAAAAUGUGUGCAAUGAGGUGUUGGUAAAAUCUCAGUUUGUUGCUUGUAUGGCUACUUGUCAUUCACUUACAAAAAUUGAAGGAGUGCUUUCUGGUGAUCCACUUGAUUUGAUAAUGUUUGAAGCCAUUGGAUGGAUUCUGGAAGAAGCAACUGAAGAAGAAACAGCGCUCCAUAAUCGAAUAAUGCCAACGGUGGUUCGUCCUCCCAAACAACUACUUCCUGAAACAACACCUGCAGGAAAUCAAGAAAUGGAGCUGUUUGAACUCCCAGCUAUUUAUGAGAUAGGAAUUGUUCGCCAGUUCCCAUUUUCUUCUGCUUUGCAACGUAUGAGUGUGGUUGCAAGGGUGCUAGGGGGUAAGAAAAUGGAUGCCUACAUGAAAGGAGCACCUGAGGUCAUUGCCAGUCUGUGUAAACCUGAAACAGUUCCUGUUGAUUUCGAAAAAGUUUUAGAAGAUUACACUAAACAGGGCUUCCGUGUGAUUGCUCUUGCACACAGAAAAUUGGAGUCAAAAUUGACAUGGCAUAAAGUACAGAAUAUUAGCAGAGAUGCCAUUGAAAACAGCAUGGACUUUAUGGGAUUAAUUAUAAUGCAGAACAAAUUAAAGCAAGAAACCCCUGCAGUACUUGAAGAUUUGCAUAAAGCCAACAUUCGCACUGUCAUGGUUACAGGUGACAACAUGCUGACUGCUGUCUCUGUGGCUAGAGACUGUGGAAUGAUUCUACCUCAGGAUAAAGUGAUUAUUGCUGAAGCAUUACCUCCAAAGGAUGGGAAACUUGCCAAGAUAAAUUGGCAUUAUGCAGACUCGCUAACACAGUGCAGUAAUUCAUCGGCACUUGACUCGGAGGCUAUUCCGAUUAAGUUGGCUCAUGAUAACUUAGAGGAUCUUCAGCUGACUCGUUAUCAUUUUGCAAUGAAUGGAAAAUCAUUUUCAGUAAUACUAGAGCAUUUUCAGGACCUUGUUCCCAAGUUGAUGUUGCAUGGUACUGUGUUUGCUCGCAUGGCACCUGAUCAGAAGACGCAAUUGGUAGAAGCAUUGCAAAAUGUAGAUUACUUUGUUGGGAUGUGCGGUGAUGGUGCAAAUGAUUGUGGUGCUUUGAAGAGGGCACAUGGAGGCAUUUCUUUAUCAGAGCUCGAGGCUUCGGUGGCAUCUCCCUUUACCUCUAAAACUCCUAGUAUUUCCUGUGUGCCAAACCUUAUCAGGGAAGGCCGUGCUGCUCUAAUGACUUCCUUCUGUGUGUUUAAAUUUAUGGCCCUGUACAGCAUUAUCCAGUACUUCAGUGUUACUCUCUUGUAUUCUAUCUUAAGUAACCUUGGAGACUUCCAGUUUCUCUUCAUUGAUCUGGCAAUCAUUUUGGUUGUGGUAUUUACAAUGAGUUUAAAUCCUGCCUGGAAGGAACUCGUGGCACAAAGGCCACCUUCAGGUCUUAUAUCCGGGGCUCUUCUCUUCUCCGUUUUGUCUCAGAUUAUCAUCUGCAUUGGAUUUCAAUCUUUGGGAUUUUUUUGGGUCAAGCAACAACCUUGGUAUGAAGUAUGGCAGCCACAUUCAGAUGCUUGCAAUACAUCAAGAAGCCUACAUUGGAAUUCUUCACAUUCAGACAAUGAAACUGAACUUGAUGCUCACAAUAUACAAAAUUAUGAAAACACCACAGUGUUUUUUAUCUCCAGUUUUCAGUACCUCAUAGUGGCAGUUGCCUUUUCAAAAGGAAAGCCUUUCAGACAACCUUGCUACAAGAAUUAUUUUUUUGUUACAUCUGUGAUUUUUUUGUAUGUUUUCAUACUAUUCAUCAUGUUGCAUCCAGUUGCCUCUGUGGACCAUGUUCUCCAGAUAGUAUGUAUACCGUAUCAGUGGCGUGUAACUAUGCUCAUCAUUGUUCUUGGCAAUGCCCUUGUAUCUAUCGUGGUGGAGAACUUCUUCCUUGACAUGGUCCUUUGGAAAGUUGUGUUCAAUCGUGACAAACAAGGAGAAUAUCGCUUCACCAUCACACAGCCACCGCAGGAGUCCGUGGAUCGGUGGGGGAAAUGCUGCUUGUCCUGGGCCCUGAGCUGUAGAAAGAAGACACCAAAGGCCAAGUACAUGUAUCUGGCACAGGAGCUCUUGGUCGAUCCGGAAUGGCCACCCAAACCUCAGACGACGACGGAAGCUAGAGCUUUAGUUAAGGAGAACGGAUCAUGUCAAAUCAUCACCAUAGCAUAGCAGAGAGGAGUCAGUCUCAGUGGCCUCAUAGCAGUAGUCAGGAGCGUGUUCUGACCCUGUGUGGUAGAAUGGCACUAUUUCGAUCUGUCCCUUCUGAUACGGUAGCGGAUUCGAGAACUUUGCUUUAGGAAAACAAAAAAGAGAGAGAAAAGAAAGCAGAAAAAGGUAUUGGCUUGACAGCAAUCAAUCUGUAAAGUCCCGUUUCUUCAUUCAGUAGGCUAAAUAUGAAUUUUCAGAAUUUCCAUCACCCCUCCGUAUAUUCUUUGUGCUGGGUAUAGGGGAAAUUUGGGCUUGGGUAGGUUCUUAGACAUUAGCUUUUGAGACUAGUUUACCCUUUAAAUUUAUUUUCAAGCCCCCUUAUUAGAAAAAGUCUGUUUAUAUACAGGCCCUAAAUCUGUGACCAAUAAAAUUAAAAUGGGUGUUAAUUAGCCUCCAGUGAAAACCAGUUGAAAGGCGAUUUUCAUUUGAUUGCAUGCUUUAUUCCAAAGAAUUCUAUAUAAACAUGUACCAGUUCCCUUUGAUAGCCUAGAGUUCGGAGUGAGUUUGUACAGUGUUGCUUAUAGAAACAACUCAGGUUGAUUUCCACUUAGGGUUUUUUAUGUUGUGUACAAACUGCCUGGGUUUUAUUUGUCUACAACAGCAAGGUGCUUCAUUGUCUUUUUGAGCUAUCUCGCUAAAGCUGUUAAAUGGUUCUUAUGUCAGUUAUGCAGUUUGUUUCAGUUAAAUGUAGUA